AUGCUCAGUAAUGCCUACUUCGAGAACAUCCAGCCACACUAUGCUUUUCUCCAUGAGCCCACGUUCAGAUACUACGAGGCACAGCUCCUAUCCUCGCCUACUGCCUUCAGUGACCCCGUCGCGUCAUCCAAGCCCUUGUUCUUUCUUAAUAUGGUAUACGCUGUGGGCGCCCACAUCGUUCCUGGCUACCAACAUUUGGCAGAGCAACUGUACAGCUCUGCUCAACUAUACCCUGAAGUGCUAUUUAUCGACAACCUCGAGGCAAUACAAGCGAUUCUUUGUUAUGCCAUGUACUCACUUCGAUCUUUAAAAGGUCCAUCCCUAUGGAAACUCUCUGGGCUGGCCUUAAGGCAAUGUAUAGAACUUGGGUACCACCGUAGUGCGAAGCGCGGUCCCUCGAGGCGUGAUCCACUCCACGUUGAGCUAAGCAAAAGAGUUUUUUGGGUUGCUCAAGGAAUAGAUGUUGCCUACGCUCUUCGUCUGGGGCGACCCUUGGGCAUACAGCUUAAUGAAGUCGAUGCUGAGCUGCCGCUAGAUAUCAAUGACUCUCAGAUAUCUAUAUUAGGAAUUCAAGGCACUCCUCGGACUUCAGCCGAUGGAGUCCCGACAGUUAUGUCUAAUGCCAUCCACGUCAUGCGCCUACGACAAAUAUGGGCUAGAAUUCAUACUUUGGUCUGCUCUGCAGAUGCAUCACAGCAUACCAAUUGGGAGACUCACCGUGCAUCGUUUAUACAGCUGCGAGCAGAUUUGGAUCAAUGGCGAGCUACAGCCCCCGAGCCGCCCCCUCGGCAUGGGCAAAGACUGUCAAUAUUCUCGACAAGGGCAUGGUAUGAGCUGAAUUACAGCGGGUCGAUCCUCAACCUUUACCGCUCUCAACUGGCAGAGGACAAGAACACACCGGACAACAUAUUUAUCGACUGCAUGGAAGCCGCUAGUUUCGUAUGCCGGGAAUAUCGUCGUCAAUACGUCGGCACAAACAUCAAGCCUACGUGGAGCACUCUCCAUUUGAUUGCGGAAGCUUGGGAUGGGGCUGCUCCAUACCGUGAUAUCUUUGAGGUCCUUGCCAGCCACACGAUGUCAAUGAUAGUCAGCCGCAGUAUGCAGUCACAGCCUUUGCCUGAUGGCCCCACCUUAGCCGAUGCAUCAGAGCGUGAAGCUGUGACAAGAUGGAUAUCAAACAUUGACGAUACCGGCAUGUUGAAUGUGUUUGACGAUCUACUGGCAGGCUUUGUAGGUGAUUUUGGGCCCUACGGCAUGUCUCAAGUUGAGCUUUGA